AUGUCCCACGCUUCCAAAAACCGACUGUCGCAGUACUCGACGGGCUCCGUCCCGUCGCGGUCUCGGCCAGGUUCCUUCCUCUUCCCUGUCUUCCACUCCAGUCUAUCAUAUACCACCGUUCGAGACUUCGCCUACCCGCCCACACAUCCGAUGCACUAUGGCCCCCCGCCGGAGCCUUCGAGACCGCCCUCCGGCAUGACCACCCCCGCCAGCGAGACGAGACGACUUUCGGACCCGCCCGCCUCGUGGGAAAGCAAGAUCGGUUGGGAUUGGACGUCAGACGGUGGACUCGGGAAGGGUGGUGAGCUUGCCCCGAUCCAUUUCGGCGACGGGCCCCCUUGGAGCGAGGACGAAGACCUGCAGAGCCCUGUCGUUAGCUCGCGACAUCGAAAGCACAAGUCUACCUCUGCUGUUACGGGGCAUCAUAAGGGCCGGGGCUCGAGGGAUGGCGGCGCGUCUUCCUCGAUACUUAGUGCGGGGAGCCUAGACUCUAGUAGGGGUUACUACGUCGGAACGAGUGGUAACGGGAGCGAAAGGUACUACGUAAGCCAGGGCACCGAGGCUAACGGUCCGGGCGGAGAAUAUGUGACGUAUCCGCCGGAUCAAGGCCGGCAUUCUAUCAAUGCGUAUCAGCCGUCGUCAGAUCAGCCGCCACGAAAUUAUGCCGAGAACGAUACCGGAUAUAGGUCCGAGUCCGACGCCUCAAGCACUGGCUCAUCUCCAGGUCAUCAUCCAUAUGACGAGUCUAGGUAUUCGAGAGAUUAUCAAUUCACCAUCACCUCACCAGACGAGGAAAUGCACGGCAAGGCCGUUGCGCUAUUCGAUUUCGAAAGGGAGAACGAGAACGAACUGCCUCUGGUCGAAGGCCAAAUUAUUUGGGUGUCAUAUAGGCACGGCCAAGGAUGGCUCGUUGCGGAGGACCCCAAGACCCAGGAAAGCGGACUGGUACCGGAAGAGUACGUUCGACUCCUUCGGGAUAUCGAAGGCGGCAUGACAAGCCUGACUGGGCAGCUCGACACCGGCCUAGGAACCUCUAACGACGCCGACACCCCAACGCAAGCCGAGCCCAGCGGGCAAGCAUCCCUACCCCAGACUACACACGCCACACAACCGGGGCCUGCUUCAGCUUCAGCGGGGAAUAACCCAACGAACGGUUAUCACCAACCGAUCGUCUCGACCUUCUCGACCUCUAGCAAGGAUCUAGAUCCCUAUCCCCAGCAUCUAUUGGGCCAGCACGGGCAGGCCCCUCCGCAGGUCGUACACUACCACGGCCAACGCGGGGGCAGUCAAGCCAACACGCCUACGGCUCAGAAUUCCUUCGGUGAUAUGCCACUGAGCCGUACCAGUCAAGAUGCCAAACGCAAUAGUUCAAAUUCUAGAAAGUCGCAGACGCUCGAUGUUCUACCCCACUCAAAACUGAAGUCUCCAGAUCACGAGUCGGACUCUGAGGAUGAGAACCCACAGAAGUCGGAAAACCAGUAA